AUGCCCUCCGACGUUGCCAGCGCAUCGCCGUUUUUCGGCGCCGUCGGCAGCUUUUCGACCAUGCCCAUGCCGCCGUCCUUUUCUGCCGGCACGGACAAGAGCGCCGCCACCGAGGCCCUGCGGCCGCUCAUCACCCCCGACGCGGGCGGCAAGUGGACGUUGACUGCGGACGGCUAUGGCAUUGAGCGCAGCUUCAAGUUUGCCACUUUCAACAAGACUUGGGAGUUUAUGAAUGCCGUCGCGGCAGAGGCCAAGAAGAACAAGCAUCACCCGGAGUGGUCUAAUGUCUACAAUACCACAUUCAUUCGCUGGACCACGCACAACCCCAAAGGUCUGGCGAUCAAAGACCUGGACAUGGCCACCACCUGCGACUUUCUCGCCGAGCACUUUGGCGAGGUCGGGUCCGGAAAGAAGAGCUGCGGCCUGAGUGGUCUCGCUGACACGGCAGCUUCGUCGGCUGGAGACUGCUGCAUUCCCGGCAAGAAGUAA